CCGGCGCCCGUGGGCGGAGGAGCCGGGAGGCGGGAGGCGGGAGGAGCCGGGAGGCGGGAGGCGGGAGGCGCCGGGGCCGUUUAAGCGGCCUCCCUCCCGCCCCCAGCCGCCCGGUCUGGCCCCCGCCCUGUCCCGACCCCCGGCCUGGCCCACUCAACCUCGCCCCGCCGAGCGGUCCGCCGGGUACGCGGGCGGCCUCCGGAGCAGCCCAAGCCGAUGAGGGCCGCGCGCCCUGCGGCCGGCGCUGACGAGACGGAGCUCCCGGCCCUCGAGGAGGAGCGGAGGAUCAAUGCGGUUCAAGAAUCGAUUCCAGCGGUUCAUGAACCACCGGGCCCCAGCCAAUGGCCGCUACAAACCAACCUGUUACGAACAUGCUGCUAACUGUUACACACAUGCAUUCCUCAUCGUUCCGGCCAUCGUGGGCAGUGCCCUCCUGCAUCGGCUAUCGGACGACUGCUGGGAAAAGAUCACCGCGUGGAUUUACGGGAUGGGCCUCUGCGCCCUCUUCAUCGUUUCCACAGUAUUUCACAUUGUGUCGUGGAAGAAGAGCCACUUAAGCGUAGCACAUGUAAGAGCGCGGCGGCUGUGGGAAGGGACAGAGUACACUGAACUUGGAGGCAGCCCGGCCCUACCACUCAACAUUAUGACAGUGGAGCAUUGUUUUCACAUGUGUGAUAGAAUGGUUAUUUAUUUCUUCAUUGCUGCUUCUUAUGCUCCAUGGUUAAAUCUCCGUGAACUUGGACCCCUGGCAUCUCAUAUGCGUUGGUUUAUCUGGCUCAUGGCAGCUGGAGGAACCAUUUAUGUAUUUCUCUACCAUGAAAAGUAUAAGGUGGUUGAGCUCUUUUUCUAUCUCACAAUGGGGUUUUCUCCAGCUUUGGUGGUGACAUCAAUGACUGGGAUACUGAUACCUCUCUCCCAGAGUUUCGGGGGGAAGGGAAUAAUGCGUGUUAAGCACAGCACCCAGCUGACACACAGGAGCGUCUCAGGAAGGAUAAUCAUCAUCAUUGCUGUGAGACCACCUUCCAGGUGAGGCAGCUUCGCUAACUGAUCCUUCAUGGUUAGAAACUCAUUUCACAUGGAAUCUCACCCAAUGCAGAGAGAUCCAUUUCAAGUCAACAACAGCAGUGAGCAUUUCAGGAUGGGAAUUAUUGCAAUUUUAAAGUUCAGAGGGAAGGAAAACCAAUUCUUUGGAGCAAAUGUGUAUUGUCCAUUGUUACACUGUGUUUUUACAACAAAUGAAAUGAAAUGGAAAGUAGCCUUCCUCUGUACCAGGCAGGCUGGACAUAUUAUCCCAUUUAAUCUAUCAACAUAAUAUCUUUAAGUCUCCAGUGAAUGGCUCCACGUGUUUCGUAGCAGGAGGAAGAGGAGCUGGGUCCCUGUGGUCCCAGCACACUGCCGAGGCAAUCAAAAGCUGGGUCCCUGCAAGGUGGCUCGUUGACAUUAUUCUGAGCAGCGGAUGGGUGGCUACAGUCUGACCUGACAGGCGGGCCACACCUGUGUAGACAAGUGCAGCCUUUCUUUUGGUCAUUUAAGCCAUUUUCCCCAUCUCCCUCUCCUGUUCUCAUUUUCUUUGGGAGCCACAGCACUUCCUUUGAUUUGCCUGCUGUGUUUCCUCACACAAAACCCUUCGUCUGAGAGAGAAAGUCGUCCUCAUAUUACCUUUAAUCUGAAUAUCAAUUUCAGCAUCUUAAACCAGAGAGCCUUAUCUAGUCCAGCUGCUUUGAUUGAGAUAUGGUCUGGAAAGAAGUAAAAUAGAGUUUGUGGGGCUUGCCUGACAUCUCUCUGAGCCCUCUUGUACUUUUCCUUCCAGAGAAUUCUCACCUCUCCCAGGUCCUGGUGUGCUGAUGAAAUAGACAUUCUGUUUUGUUUCUGUUGGGCACAGAGUGAAGUCCAAAUGCAUUUCCUAAUGGUUUGUUUUCCAGCUGGGCUGAACAGAAUCAAAGCCACAAACCACCAGUGAGGGCCCAAGAUGUCUAAAUGGAUGGGGAAGCCAUUUAAAAUGCUAGAAAAAAUAAAAAUAAAAUCAGAGGCUGAUGGGAUUCUCUGUAGUUAUUUUACUGAGUAGGAGGAGAUUGUUUUUUAUACACAUAUAAAGUAUAUCAUUAGCCAAUUAUAUUACAGUGAGGUAUUUACCAAUCAGCAAUGCUUCUGUUUUUUUUUUAAAUAAAGCAUAUCUGUACAUCCCCUCGUCUAACCAACCCCUUCCUCCUUCCCUCCCUCCUAACCCCUGCCACCAAGAACUUCCACUAAGUGAUCAGCAAACUCAUCUAUAUCUUCAAACACAUCUUCGAGUAUUUCCAACACCCACUUGCCUUAGUUGAAACCCAAGGUGACUGUGUGCCCCCUUCCUCUCUCAUAGCUCAGGAUCCAAUGGAAGGAUAAUGGUCCUCCUUGUUUACCGUUGCUACUUCCAGACGAUUAUUCCCCUGCCCUCUUAUGAAAACAAAUUAAACCCAAAACACACAACAGCACAACAAACCCAGCUCCUUCGAAGCUCAUGCUAUCCUACAUUACUCCCUACUCCCCUGCUUUAGUUGUCAUUUGCCCUCCUUCACUGAAGACUUUAGGACCUGAGUCACCGUCAUUGUCUCCUGUGAUCAAUGCCAUCAAGCGUAAUAACUUGUAUCUGCAGGGAGGCUGCUCAGCCAACGCCUUGCACAUCAACUCAGUGAACUUCUCAACUGUACCUCAACCCACGUGCCCAUGAUCCUGCCCCAGACACUGUCAAAUACCUACACCCCUUCCAAAACUCAUGGUUUUGCAAAUCCAAUUUCUAGGCCUCUGACCUAUGAGUCCAACCACUUACUUUUUUCUUUUGUUCAUUGGCCCUCUCUUGACAUCACUUGCCUCUUCAUGGCUUCUAUUUCAUGAUUUGUCAAUGUCAUCACUUUUCUCUCUUCAUCACACCCGUCUCACAGACUGAACAGUUUCCUACCCCAGUGCCCCCAAGAAAGGCCAUGGGAAACCACAAUGUAGAGCAAACUGCUGUCACUCUAAAUGAAUAACUUACUGUGAAUGGGUGCACUGUGAUGCCUCAGAUUCCUAAUGGCUCUCUCUAUAUCUGGUAAGCUUGAUCUCCCCUUCUCUCCCCAAAUUUCCUAUUCUUGUCUUUCACUUUAUGGUUAAAGUAAAAGCCGUCACGUGGAAGGGCUGCUGCCAGUUCGGUACACAUGCUUGUGUCAGCCUCAGUCUUUGCUUCCGCUCUUGGUCCAGUGGAGCAAGUGUCCUACUCCUCUGCAAGGCCGGUCUCUUCAUGUGCAGCUGGGCUUCUCUCUCUCGAAGGCAAUAGCCCUAGUAUUGCACAUCAUUACCUGCCCCUUCUUAAUUUGAUCCAUCCCGUCUACACACAAACAUGGUGCAAAAGCUUUCAUCUUAAAAACUUUACAAACUAGAGGGUGCCUGGGUGGCUCAGUCGGUUAAGCGACUGCCUUCGGCUCAGGGUCAUGAUCCUGGAGUCCCGGGAUCGAGUCCCGCAUCGGGCUCCCUGCUCAGCAGGGAGUCUGCUUCUCCCUCUGCCCUCUUCCCUCUCGUGCUCUCUGUCUCUCAUUCUCUCUCUCUCAAAUAAAUAAAUAAAAUCUUAAAAAAAAAAAACAAAACACCUUUACAAACUAGCAAAACUACUCUGAUGAUCCCACAUCCCUGUAGAACUCCACCCUAUUCUCUUGAUUCCUCACGCUUCCUUCAGACACAUUAUCUCCACUUCUCUUCACAUUUGCUCGUGCUUUACUCUUGUGCCCAUUCUGAUCUGGUGUCUCCCCUUACCACUCCAAAAUGGCUCCUCUCAAAGUCCCUAAGGACUUCUGUCUUCAUCCUGCUCUGAUUGCUCCUGAGGGGUGCAGUGCAGUCCAGCCUUCCUGAACCCCAGAGUUGACUGGGAUCGAAGGAGAGUUCUUCUUGGCUUUCUCUUUCCCUGGUUUUCCCUGUUAAAUUUUUGCCUGCUCUGCCAUUUUGCUUGUAUCAUGCAGAUGGAUACCAGUCUCCUUUUGCUUUCCACAAAGAUGGCCAUUAUUUUCAACAAUGCUCAUCGUCAUGGAGUUUUCCAUACUUUAUUCCAAAUAAAGUCAGUCCCCUAAGGCAGAGCUGCAGAGCUUUUCCUCCGUAGGGUGUGCUUUUCCCACGAGGCAGAACCCCUCUACUACUGCACUGGAGCUGGGUCAGAGACCCUCUUUCCCCAGGAUGACGUCCUGCUCUAUGAGGGGGUACUAGGGGAAGGGGAACCCUUUGUCUUCUCAGCUUGCCCUUCCCAGCAUGGAAUUUCUGCCCUACAAGGAAGCUAGAGUGGAGGCAAACAGGGCCCCAGUACCACUGACUUACCAUGACUGGAGCAGAGCUUCUGCCCUACCAGGGGCUAGAUGAAGAAAAGGAGACUAGGUAAAGGAGACCCAGUCCUCUUGGUAUGCCUAUCUAGAAUAGAACUUCCACAAAAUGGGGCUGGGAACUGAGAAACACCAGCAUCCUGCCCCUUCAGAAGUCAAACCACCGCCCCAGACUAGGGUCUAAGGGACACUGGAGCCCUGUGGCUGCACAUGACCCAGGUAGAGCUUCCAUGACAUGGGGCUCGUGGGGAGGACGAGGGAGAACAAGGCUCAGAUGCCACAGACUUGCGCUGUUCUUAAUGGAAAUUUUAUAGAUUUUCCUGAAAGAAGGUUUUCUUUUGCUGUAUGCCCUUGGGACAGUUUCCAGAGACUUUAAGUGAUGGCUAUUCAAAAUAAUUUUCUCAGUUAAAUUUUUAUUUUGCUGGGUAGAAAGUCUUCCAAGUUUAUUACUCCAUUAUUCCAGAAGUCCCAUCUUUUAAUUCAUCUUUGUAUACCCACCACAGUGUCCCUGGGCAUGUUAGCAUCGGGGCUAACAGCACAAACUCCUUUAAAAAAAAAUUACUCACCUGCUUAAAAAAAAAAAAAAAAAAUCUCACUUUUGCUAAUGCAAUUGGAAAUAAGACUUUGAGAUAUUUCAAUGUAUUUCCAAUUCUCUUUGAAUGCAGCAUUUCAGAAGUUCAGAUAUUUCAUAAGAUUCUUGAAAAUACUGGUGCUGUCAAGUCCAAGUUCCUCAUACAGGAAUUUAAUGUGGGCUGUAAUCUUUUUGUGAGAAUCCUAAUCAACUGAUGGCCUCUAGGCUGAAUAUCUAAAGUAAUCUGGGGGGCCUGAUAGCCUAACCAACUCUCUAACCUGCCUGGAUUCAAGUCUCUGUUCUGCCACUUGUUAGCUAUGUUACUUAGAACAGGUUGUAAAACUCAUAGUAGCUCCCUGAGAGGAUUGUGGUGGGAUAAAUGGAUUAAUACAUGGGAAAUAGUUGGCUCAGAGUUAGGCACCCGCGGAAGGACAGCUCUCCGUUCAUCUUGGUAACCUCUGCGUGGUGACAGAUUGCCACAAGGGGGCAUCAAGAGCCAGGUGUAACGAUGAAGCGCUCCAGGGAUCUUUGGUUAGGUCAUCCCCAUGGUUAUAUUUGUAGGCCGACCAGAACUAGAUAUCUUUCCAGACAACAGAAGAUAGAAGUUGGAGGCACUUCCUAAACAUCACCAUACUAUUUUCCACCAAAGACAGGAACUCAAGACCCUUCCUAAACAUCACUAGGUCAUUCCCCCAACUUGAAGCUUUAUUGUAGAGACACAGGAAGUAUGCUGUCAGGAGAAAAAGUCUCAUUUGAUUUACAAGGUACUAUUCCUGUGUGCAAGGUAGUGUUCUAGGAGAUGGGAGGAUGCAGAGGUUCCCUUCAGGAACAAUCAUAGAUACAAAGUUGGUAUUUACUUACUGAGUGUGUGCCAUGCAUCAAGGAUCCUAACAGCAUAAGGCAUCAUCCCAUUCCUUUCAUUCUGAUUGAAGAGGGCCCCAUAGGCUCAGCCAAGGGUUUGACCUUUGCUCAGAGGAUGACAAAAAGUCAAUCGAUAUUCUGGAGCAAGGAGGAGAGAACUUAAUGAAGAAGGUACUUAGCAUGAUUUAUUCAGAGUGGAGUGCAGGAAAGAAGAGUGAAAGAAAAAGGCAGAGAUGCCCUCUGGCAAGAUUGCAAUAGACCAGUGCAAAGCCAAACUUGAUGAAAGCAAAAGCUCUUAAUAAAAGUAAAUUUCAGGAGAAACCCCAAUAGUUAAGAAAAUAAAAAUGAAGCUGAACCAUGAAACAGUGACUGAAACUGGUGGAAACAGGAGUCUUCACCGACUAGACCUCUCUCUCACCUUCUUAGAACUCCCCAAAUGGCGAAUUGGAUAUAGGUUUUCAAAACCAAAUGAAACGUUGGAAGAGCCUUGGGUGUAUCUCUGUGGAACACAACUUGAAAACAACUGCAACUGUCCAAAAAGUAAAGUGGACGGAUGAAGACACAGGAGAAAGGAUGACUUGAGGAUGGAGGGAGGUGGGGCAGAAAGAUAACCCAGAACCUGACACCAAGCUGCCCCCCCCCCACUGUGUCCUCACUCCAUCCCAGCUGCAUCCUCCGCCCUCUGUCCUCCUCCUCCUUGCUUCACUUCUGCUUUCCUUCACAUUCGUCCAGCGCCUUACACUAGUGUACGUCCAGGGUCUGAGCCCCACUUUGCACAUUAAUCUUGGUUCUCAUCCUUGGUUACAAUUCACAUUUGCCUCUCCCUUCCCGGAGACAACCUAGCCUGAGCCAGGCUUAUCAAUGGGAGCCCUGGCCUGGACCCAGCAGGUCACCAUUCUUGCCACCUGCUGUGGAAAUUAGAAAGAAGAAUGAAGGGGACCUAGCAACAGAGCAUGUAUGGAGGCAGAACUGAUAAAGGAAGGGAAGAAAGGGAAAAGGGUCAUUAAUAAGCUAAUAUUUAUGAAGUGGUCAGUGUACCAGGCACAUUGCUAAGAUGUUUUAUACACGUUAUCUUAGUAAUAUGCCCAUGUUUGUAUAUAAUAUACAUAGGUGUAUCUUCAUAUAUCAUAUAUAUUUAUACUUAUAUAAAUCCAUGGGCAGUGGGUGGGAAUAGGUAAGAUGCCACAAAGCACACUGCUGCUGAUGAAGAUGCAGCCAUCUUUCCUGAAUAAAUACUCUUUGGAUGGUUGCAAGACUUUGGUUACUUUCCAGAGUUUGGAAAAUGUUGAUUCUGAUCAUUUUUGCCAGUGUUCUCGUUGCUUUUGUGGAAAGGUGGAUUUUCAGAAAUCUUUGCUCUGUUGUAUGCAAACUGGAGCCCCGGGGCAAUGCUUCCCAGGCCCCUGCAUCCCACUGCUCACUCGCCCUUGGUUUGUCGUCCUCAGAACCCUGAGUCUUUCAUGAACUGCUGGCUACUCCUUGCUGUAUCUGAUUGUUUUCAAGUAGGUGUAAGGCUUUUCAUUUUCACCAAUUAAAUUUCAUUUUCUUGAUUUUUGUUGUUGUUCCAAGAUGUCAAAUAAUUUGGGAUCCUGGCAUCAGUAAGUAUGUUUUUGUUUGUUUCAUUGGAGUCAUAGACAACAUUACUGGCCCAAGUCUGAGCACAGACCAGCAUUCUGGGGCUCUGCCGGGUAUCCCCUCCGGGGGACAUUUAGUCCAUUAACUAGUUUGGGAAUAGGUAAGAUGCACUUUUAUUUCCAAACUGCAUCUGUAGCAUUCCAAAACCUACCAGUAAGACACCUUUUUCUAAAAAGGAAAGUUGGUGGGGCACCUGGGUGGCUCAGUCGUUAAGCGUCUGCCUUCGGCUCAGGUCAUGAUCCCAGGGUCCUGGGAUCGAGCCCCGCAUCGGGCUCCCUGCACUGCGGGAGGCCUGCUUCUCCCUCUUACACUCCCCCUGCUUGUGUUCCCUCUCUCGCUGUCUGUGUCUGUCAAAUAAAUAAAA